ACUGUCUUCGAUGUGUGUGAAUGUGUGCGUGUGCGUUACUAUUUGACCAGAUGCUGCAGUGCACUGGCCAGUCACUGUCUCUGCAUGUGUGUAUGUGUAAGUGUGUGUGCGCGCGCGCCUCUCUCAUUUCAUGUCAAAGGUCCAUUACCUGAUUACCUUCCUCGUCUGCCAGAUUUUUAUCUAGAUAAUUGGAACUGCUAUGAAGGCUGCGCUCUGCCAGCCAGCUUAGAUUCUCUAAAACCAUAGUUUGUCCACCUUGUUAUCUGUGGCUGUCUGGGCAGAGGAAAUUAAAGAGAUCCACAGCUAAGGGAUUCCUUUGACUUGCUCAGAGAGAAGGGUUUAAAAAAAACAAAAAACCCAGAGGACAGACUGAAAGUUUAUUGUUGUUUUUGUGCUCUGUGUGUGUGUGUGUUGUUUUGGCAUGUGGAUACCUUUCCCCCUUCACACACCAGGGCUAUUUGAUGGAGUUUGGAGCUGAGGAAACUUUGGUUUUGUUGCCAGGACGGUUCGCAGCACUUUGUGGCAAGCAAGAACUAACAGUGAGACCGACAGAGAUGUCUUCCAAGCGACCAGCCUCUCCGUAUGGGGAAGCAGAUGGAGAGGUAGCCAUGGUGACAAGCAGACAGAAAGUGGAAGAAGAGGAGAGUGACGGGCUCCCAGCCUUUCACCUUCCCUUACAUGUGAGUUUUCCCAACAAGCCUCACUCUGAGGAAUUUCAGCCAGUUUCUCUGCUGACGCAAGAGAGUUGUGGCCAUAGGACUCCCACUUCUCAGCACAAUACAAUGGAAGUUGAUGGCAAUAAAGUGAUGUCUUCAUUUGCCCCGCACAACUCAUCUACCUCACCAUUGAAGGCAGAAGAAGGUGGGCGUCAGAGUGGAGAGUCAUUGUCCAGUACAGCCCUAGGAACUCCUGAAAGGCGUAAAGGCAGCUUAGCAGAUGUUGUAGAUACCUUAAAGCAGAGAAAAAUGGAAGAGCUCAUCAAAAAUGAGCCAGAAGAAACUCCUAGUAUUGAAAAGCUACUAUCAAAGGACUGGAAAGACAAGCUUCUUGCCAUGGGAUCAGGGAACUUUGGAGAAAUAAAAGGGACUCCAGAAAGCCUAGCUGAGAAAGAAAGGCAGCUUAUGGGUAUGAUCAAUCAACUGACCAGUUUGCGUGAGCAGCUGCUGGCAGCUCAUGAUGAACAGAAGAAACUGGCUGCAUCACAAAUCGAGAAACAACGCCAGCAAAUGGAGCUGGCUAAGCAGCAACAGGAACAGAUUGCAAGACAACAGCAGCAGCUUCUGCAGCAGCAACACAAAAUUAACCUUCUUCAGCAGCAGAUCCAGGUUCAAGGUCAGCUGCCUCCAUUGAUGAUUCCAGUGUUCCCUCCAGAUCAACGAACCCUAGCAGCAGCUGCUCAGCAAGGAUUCCUCCUUCCUCCUGGUUUCAGCUACAAGGCAGGAUGCAGUGACCCUUACCCUGUUCAGCUGAUCCCAACUACCAUGGCAGCUGCUGCCGCAGCAACACCAGGCUUAGGCCCACUCCAACUGCAGCAGUUGUAUGCUGCCCAGCUUGCUGCAAUGCAAGUGUCUCCAGGAGGCAAGAUACCUGGCAUACCCCAAGGCAACCUUGGUGCGGCUGUAUCCCCUACCAGUAUCCACACAGAUAAGAGCACAAACAGUCCUCCACCCAAAAGCAAGGAUGAAGUGGCUCAGCCGCUGAACCUCUCAGCUAAACCCAAGACGUCUGAGGGAAAAUCUCCGACAUCGCCCACUUCUCCUCAUAUGCCAGCUCUGAGAAUAAACAGUGGGGCCAGUUCACUCAAAUCCUCAGUGCCAGCAACAUUAGCCAGUCCCUCGGCCAGAGUUAACACAAUAGAUAUUCUUUCUUCUAUCACGUCGUCAGGUUAUUUAAAUGACCAUGAUGCUGUUACCAAGGCAAUCCAGGAGGCCCGACAGAUGAAGGAGCAACUUCGGAGGGAACAACAGGUGCUUGAUGGGAAGGUGGCUGUUGUGAAUAGUCUGGGUCUCAAUAACUGCAGGACAGAAAAGGACAAAACAACACUGGAGAGCCUGACACAACAGCUGGCAGUAAAACAGAAUGAAGACGGGAAAUUUAGCCAUGCUAUGAUGGAUUUCAACAUGAGUGGGGAUUCUGACGGAAGUGCAGGUGUCUCAGAAUCUAGAAUUUAUCGGGAAUCCAGAGGGCGUGGAAGUAAUGAACCCCAUAUCAAGCGUCCAAUGAAUGCCUUCAUGGUGUGGGCUAAAGAUGAGCGAAGGAAGAUCCUUCAAGCCUUCCCUGACAUGCACAACUCCAACAUUAGCAAGAUACUGGGAUCUCGCUGGAAAGCUAUGACAAACCUAGAGAAGCAGCCAUACUAUGAGGAGCAGGCCCGACUCAGCAAGCAACAUCUGGAGAAAUACCCAGACUAUAAAUACAAGCCCAGGCCGAAGCGCACCUGUCUUGUGGAUGGCAAAAAAUUGCGGAUCGGCGAGUACAAGGCAAUCAUGCGCAACAGGCGACAAGAGAUGAGGCAGUAUUUUAAUGUUGGGCAACAAGCACAGAUUCCUAUCGCCACCGCCGGUGUAGUCUACCCAGGAGCCAUCGCGAUGGCAGGAAUGCCCUCCCCCCAUCUGCCAUCAGAGCACUCGAGUGUGUCCAGCAGCCCGGAGCCCGGGAUGCCUGUCAUCCAGAGCACUUACGGCAUCAAAGGCGAGGAGCCGCACAUCAAAGAGGAGAUGCAGGCCAAUGACAUCAAUGGAGAAAUCUACGACGAGUACGACGAAGAAGAGGACGACCCUGAUGUGGACUACGGCAGUGACAGUGAAAAUCACAUUGCAGGACAAGCCAACUGAUAAGGGUCCAAAUAUUGUGUGACCUUACAGGACUUCAAGGAAAAAAAAAAAAAGCCCCACCUGGUUUAUCCUUACCAGUGGCCAAGCACAUUAACUUUCUCAUACACUGACUGUUACUUUAACUGUUAGUCUUAACUAGUUGGGACAUCAGCUGACUAAUAGACAUCAGCCUGCAUUUAAAAAAAAAAAAGGCCCAGAAGAAAGAAAACAACGUCGAUAACACCAACAAAAGAAUGAAAUAAGCUAUGGGUAAAAUAAUGCCAGUAAUUCAGCUGCUAUAACCAAGCACUGAAGUCUUACCCGUUGACCUUUUAUUAUUUUUUUUUCAAAUAAACUUUAUGGCUGUUUGUUCUACAAUGUUUUAGAAAUUCUCACUCAGGUACACAGUGCCAACAAGUGGCUUGUGAAUGUGUUUUGUUGUUUUGUGCUACAGUUUAAAGAGAAGUAAUUUUUUUUUUUUUUUUGGUAAUGCACCUGACAGAAAAAAAAAAAAGACAAUUCCUUUUACCCCUCUGCCGCCUCCUCCUCCUCCUUUUCCCUUCUCCUUUGAAUAUUUAGGGUUGGAGGCACGCAUGUGUGUGUAUGGUGGGGAAGGGAGUUGGGAGUCUCUUUCUGUAAACCCCAACAAGCAAUUAUUUCCUUUCUAGAGAGGACUUCUCUUCAUCAGUUGCACACCACACUGAGUCUUUGAGCAAGUGCCAAAUUUGUACUAAAGCGCUGAACUAGUUCAAUUUUAUUUUUCCGGUUGGUUGCUUUUGUUUCUUGUUCUGUCUUAAGUUAGGACAGUGUUAUGUCUUAGACAAUCCCUUGAAGAACCUAAUAUACCAGCAGCUGGUGAGAUUGUUUUCUUUUCUUUUCUUUUGUUUUUUUUUUUUUUAAAGGAAACUGUAGGUGCCGUUCUCAGGUGAAAGUGAGAGAGACAUAAAAAAAUUUAGAGAAAAAUAUUUUAUGAUCUUGGAUUUUUGUGUGUGCGUGUUUAUGGUACUAAUAAGAAUAAUAUUGGACCAUUGUGAGCAAAAACCAUAUUCAGCAUGAAAUCCCAUAUCCUCCGAACAACUUGGUCUGUAAGGAGUCUUUGCUUUUAAUUUACACUUCAAAUGGCAACAUAAAAAAUGUCCAGAACAGACCCUUGUUUAGAACAGGACAGGCAAAUGGAAGUACUAACCUCUAGAAUGAGCCAAAAUGGAUGAAUCUGGUGCUGAUCUCUGUUCCAUAAGGCAGAUCUUGGCUGAGACACUGCCCUCUCUACCUACUUGGAACAGCAACAGGCAUCAGAGGGAUGUUUGUGCACGGAAAGAACAAAAUAACAAUGAAGCAAUUCCCCCAUCCACAGUGGGCAGCAAAAUUUGACGUAUAGCCCACAAAUCCUGAGCCUUUGAGGUUCCAAAAGGGUUGGAGACCAGGAAAAUAAAUAAAUUCCUUCAAGCUCUAACAGAUAUUGGUAAUGUGGUUCUGUGCCUCAGUCAUCUCACCUGUAAAUUGUGUCCUGUUUACACAUGGGCAUGCACGUUUGAGAUAGUGGAGCUGCACACAUAGAACCCUGGGCAGAAUUUAGCCCAUUGUUUUUUCAGUGAUCUAACUGACAAUUCUGCUUUGUUUCAAAGAAAGAAGAAAACGUAGUGACACAAAGCAUUUUUGGUGCCUGACUCUGAUCCUUCUCUAAAAAGAGUGCACCCAGUUUCAUGUGGUAAGACAGUAGGCAGCAGCAUUACCUAACCCUAACAUGAAAAGGAUACCUCUGAUUUCCAACAGCAGCUCUGUCCUAGGAAGUGCGGUCUCAUGUUACAGAGAAAAGCUUUCCAUUGAGGCACAGUUUGUGAAGGUAGGGCGCCAUCCUGUAGAUCCUUGCUCACAUCACAAGUCCUUACUCACAGGAAGAUGCUCAUCAUCAGCAUCACUGGAACUCCUUGUGUGAGUAAGGACUACACGCAUUAGCAUUUGCAGGAUCCAGGCCACAGUUCUCACCAGUAUAUUCAGGGCCCUGACCCCGAAGCCAGUUAAAUUUUAGACCUGGAGCAGUCAGUCCUCACAGAUCCAAUUGCAGGAUCAUGGCCUUACUUUGCCUGAAGACAUACCACUUGAAGUGUAAAGCUCCUUCUGAAGACCUUGUGCAAAGCAAAUGACAAACAAACAAAUGCCAUUUAAGAGUUAGGACAAUACUCCAAUGAGCGGUUUGGAUGUGUGAUAGCUUCACUCCUAUGCCAUCUUUUUUUCUCCCUCCCUUUUCUUUAGUUUCCCUUUUUGAUUUCCACCUCUGCAUCAAAAAUUCUUUUCAGUUUUUUCUCGCUUUCAGAAGACUUGCUCUGGGUUACGCUUGGAGUAGCUGAUCACAUCCUCCAUGUCAGAGGGUUUCUUUGGUUUUGUUUGUAUUUGAUGACUGUAUUUUUUUUUCAUUUGAACUGCCUCUUCUUGCUAGUGUUGUAAUGGUAAUUAUAAUAAUAAUAAUAAUGGUCAGCUGUUCCCAGAUUAGUAAAUUAUGUAUAAUUUAUUUCCCUUUUUUCUACCUUAUUUUAUUCUGUUCUGAUUUGGCAGUGCAGCAAAUGAAGCUGUUAAGAUAUUUAAAAUUGCUGCCCAACCCUGCUUUUUUAUAUAGACAUAUAAAAAACUCACUUCUUCCCAUGCUCACCCCAUUCUUAGUUCUUCAUUUUAAUUUUGACCCCCGUCAUGACAACUUCUGAUGUUUAUUAUGAUGGAGUGAAUUAAUGGAAGUGUUGUUUUCAAUCUUAAUUAACUUCUGCUCUCUCAUCACUCAUUUUAGUUAUUUAAUUACACCAGUCAUCUAGAGCCAAUUUUUUUAAGCACUCUGUUUGGAUAAGAAGCAAAAAAAAAAUAGACAAUUGUUUUUAUAUCAUUAUUAUGUACAAUGUGAAAACAGAUAUUUGCUUUUUUUUUUUAAUUUGUUCCCUGUCUUUGUGAACAAAUUAUUUCUGACUCUUGUGGAUUCACCUCACAUUUGCUGGUUGCUUGAUUUCCACCAUGUUAUAGAGAUGCUCUGGUUUAAUUAUAUGACUUCGGGCUACGAGAAUACUUUGUUUUAGCUCCAGGUAGGUGCCACCAAGGCAGGCAUGGUUGGAGCAAAUCUUAAAUAUACAUGGUAAAAUUCUGGCCUCAUUGAAGUCAAUGGGAGUUUUGCCUUAGACAUCAGUGGGACUAGCAUUUCACCCCAAAAAACUAUGAGCUUGAUACUCAAG